UUUUUUCUUUCUAACCAGAAACAAAUUUCCAACUGGUUCUGUCGCUCUUUUGUCAGGAAUUCAAACGUAUAACGGAAUGCUUUGAUCCGAAUACAAAACAACUACACAUUAAUUGGAUGUCCUCGGAUUGGAUUUGAAUACAGACGUGCUAAGAUUCUUUCGCAAACUGAUCGGGUUACCGCGCUGUGAGAUACUGAUGGAAAGACCACCAGGUUUUCCGGCAAACAAGCCGGAAUAUGGAUUCACAAGUCAUUGAAGUGGUGCCUGACUUUUCCGUCUUCUCCCUCAUGUUCCUCAACUCUUCCAUGAGUCCAUCUCCUUCUCUGUGCCAGUAGUAGGGGAUGCUGUCAUGAAACGGUUCUGCUCGUGGAAAUGGCAGCAAACACUGGAAUGUUGCCUCCAUCACAACGACCUGGAGCGAGCGAAGCUAGUUCAUGGCCUUAUGUUGUCAAGGGGCAUCCACCCACCAAUCGUCUCCGCCAACAGGUUCCUGGACAUGCUGUCAGAAGCGGGGGAAAUAGACCAAGCAGUCAAAGUGUUCGACAAAAUGCGCCAGAGAGACGAGUACUCAUGGAACACCAUGAUCAAAGGAUAUGCCCGCUCCCGCCUGUUGGCCGAAGCACGUCUGCUGUUCGAACAAGCUCCCGCCCGCGUUCCGAUUACUUGGUCGUCUUUGAUUUCGGGAUACGCCCUCAACGGGUGCGAGGACGAGGCGCUUGAACUGUUUUGGAGAAUGCAGUCGGAAGGAUUGAAGCCCAACGAGUAUACAUUUGGUAGUGUCUUGCGGGCAUGCGCCGUCCGCCCGAGGCUCUCGUGCGGCCAACAGGUUCAUGCCCAUGUUCUUAAAACUGGUUUCGAUUCGAAUGUUUUCGUCGUCACGGGUCUUGUUGACAUGUAUGCGAAAUGCAGGAGGGUUCAUGAAGCGACCAACCUGUUCUCCAUAACGCCUGAAAGGAACACGGUUCUUUGGACAGCCAUGGUGUCUGGGUUAUCUCAAAAUGGGGAAGGCCGAAAAGCAAUGGAGAUCUUCCGAGAGAUGCAUCGGUCUGGCUCCAGGCCUAAUCAAUUCACCUUUCCAAGUGUGCUUACUGCUUGCGCUAGCAUUUCAGAUAUUGACUUUGGAACUCAAAUACAUAAUCACAUAAUUCAGACUGGUUUCGGACCUAAUGUGUUCGUAGAAAGUGCAUUGGUUGAUAUGUACUCGAAAUGUGGGGACCUGAGCAGCGCUCAGCUGGUGCUAGACAAUAUGAUAGUUGCAGAUGAGGUCUCAUGGAACUCCAUGAUUGGAGGGUGUGUGAGACACGGGCUACAAGCCAGAGCCCUAUGCAUCUUCAAAAGAAUGCAUGAAACUGCCAUGAGGAUUGAUGAUUUCACAUAUCCUUCAGUUCUCAAUUCUUUUGCUUCUCUGAAUGAACUUAAACAUGGGCAAUCAGUUCAUUCUAUGAUUGUGAAAACGGGCUUUGGUACGCAUAAACAUGUGGGGAAUGCUUUGGUAGACAUGUAUGCAAAAUGUGGAAGCUUGGGGUAUGCAUCUUCUGUAUUCAUUACCAUGCCUGAACCAGAUGUAAUCUCAUGGACUUCAUUGAUCACUGGUUAUGCACAUCAUGGAUUUCAUGAAGACGCUCUUAGGCUGUUUUGCGAUAUGAAAGACGCAGGCAUUUCCACUGAUGAAUUUGCCUUAGCUAGUGCUCUGAGUGCUUGUGCAGGAUUGACAGUCCUUGAAGUGGGGCGUCAAAUUCAUGUGAUAUUCAUAAAAUCUGGUUUUGGGUCAUCUUUGUCAAUUGAAAAUUCCCUGGUUACCAUGUAUGCAAAAUGUGGAUGCAUCAUGGAUGCUCAUACUGUCUUCGACUUGAUGCCAGAUAGAGAUGUUGUUUCUUGGACUGCUCUCAUCGUGGGUCAUGCUCAGAAUGGCAGAGGGAAUGUGUCUGUGGAACUCUAUGAAAAAAUGCUUAGAAGUGGAACUAAGCCAGAUUUCAUCACCUUCGUUGGAGUUCUUUUUGCUUGCAGUCAUGCUGGGCUUGUAGAGGAUGGUCGCUACUACUUUGAGUCUAUGAGCAAAAUUCAUGGUAUUAGUCCAAGUACAGAACAUUAUGCCUGCAUGAUUGAUCUCUUAGGCCGCGCUGGACAGAUAGAUGCAGCUGAAGAGCUGUUAAAUGAGAUGCCAAUAAAGCCAGAUGCAACUGUUUGGAAAGCACUCCUUUCUGCUUGCAGAGUCCAUGGAAAAAUUGAACUAGGAGAAAUGGCAGCUUGUAAUCUUCUUGCGUUGGAGCCCCAAAAUGCAGUACCAUAUAUUUUACUGUCUCACAUGUACUCUUCUGCCGGUAAAUGGGAGGAAGCAGCAAAAAUUAGAAGAUUGAUGAAGUCACGAGGAGUAACAAAAGAACCAGGCUGCAGCUGGAUUGAGGUGAAUAACACGGUCCAUGCUUUUCUGGCCGAAGAUAGGGGACACCCGAGGAUGGCUGAAAUAUAUUCUAAGAUUGACUUAGUUAUGAGUCUAAUUAAGGAAGCUGGGUAUGUUCCUGAUCGGGCGUGUGCAUUACAUGAUGUUGAUGAGGAAGGAAAAGAGAUUGGGCUUGCAUACCACAGUGAGAAAUUGGCAGUGGCUUUUGGCCUCCUUGCAGUGCCUCCUGGCUGCCCCAUCAGGGUUGUCAAGAACCUUCGUGUAUGUGGAGACUGCCAUUCUGCUAUUAAAUACAUCUCAAAAGUCUUCUCCAGGAAAAUUAUAGUCAGGGAUUCAAACUGUUACCACCACUUCAGUGAGGGUGCAUGUUCCUGCAGGGAUUAUUGGUAAUCUGCUGGUAGAACAUACUUAGCGAAAGAGAUAUAUAGUGGAAGCUGCGUUGAUGAAUAAGAUGAAUCAACAAAGCAGCAGUUCAAUUUGCACUUUGCAGGGGAGGCUGAAAGUGCAGCAGCAAUCCACCCUAUGAGUUUUAUAGUAGCAACUAACCAUGAGAUCUUUCACCUUGAUUUUAACACCCAUGGGAAAAGACUUGAAGGGUGAGGAGCUUAUAUUUUAAUGGAUUACUACCACAAUCCUGCUUCAUAGCCUUUUUUCACGACGUCAAUCAGGCUUUAUGCAUGUUGGGAUCCAUCAUGUCAACCACAGAUUAGCUUCGAAUCAGCGUUAAGUGAAGGUAACUCAUCACUUUCGGAUAAUAUAGAUUUUCAUGCCUAGGUGCAAACGAAAUGUCUAGCCUUUUUCUCCUCCUCCCAUAUGGUUUAGCUCUUGUGCAUCGGAUAGUAGCACAACAAAGAAUAUUGCCACUUGAUGGUAGUGAAGAACCUAGCUACUGAAAGACUGGAAAUAGACAGCAAAGAGGUUAAAGUUUUUCACUCGUGGCUUUUCAUAUUCGGCUUAGCGGUCCAAGAAUGCAAAUUUCAAAUAGGACCGCGACUGGAAUAAUGGUUCUGAUUCAUUUGUUAAGAGAAAAAUGACAUAUAUUA